CAGCUACAUAACCUAAAAACUUGCGCUGUUUUUAAAUUGUGGAUUUAUGCAAUUUCUUUAAUUUAUCACUGAAAUAUCAACCAUUCAAGUGUAAUAAUAGUAGCGUGAUAUUGAAAACAUGGAAGGAUUUGAAAUUCGAACGUCGAACAGCAAAAAGGGCAAAGGGUUGUACGCUACUAAGAAAUAUGACCAGGGUGAUGUGAUUUUGGAAGAGGACCCGUUAGUUUCGUGUCAGUUUGCUUGGAAUGCGGCCUACAGAUAUUUAGCCUGCGACUAUUGCAUGAGGCCACUAGAAACUCCAGAGCAGAACGUAAGGCGUCUAUCAUGCAAGCCAGACAUUAUUCUUCCACAUUCCAACACAUUCGAGAUAAACAUUGAGAGUAUAACCAACUGUGAUCAAUGUGGCGCCCUCUAUUGUUCAGAAGAGUGCCGUCAAAGGGCCUAUGUUACGUAUCACAGGUUACUCUGUCAUGACUCCAGUGAUGCUCAACAUCCGAUUGUUGUGCUUUUGGAGACUUGGAAACAAAUGCACUAUCCUCCAGAAACAACAAGUAUAAUGCUACUCGUAAGAAUACUAGCGUACAUCCAACAGAGUUCCGACCCCGCCGCAGCGGUUGCCAAAGUGAAACAGUUCUGUCACCGCACAGAGAAUGAGGAUGCAGAGUUGGUACACAAGUUAUUGGGUGAACAGUUUACGCAUCAGAUGAAUACGUUGAGGGAGAUGACCUCUCAUGUUGUUAGCGGUGAUGAAGUGCAAGAGUUCCUAACACCAGAAGGAUUUUGCACUCUAAUGGCAUUAGUUGGUACAAAUGGACAAGGCAUUGGUACCAGUCCGCUGGCUAUGUGGGUGAACUCUGUGCUGGAACUCACCAUGUCUGAUGAUGAAAGACAACAGCUGGACCUGUUCAUUGAUAAACUUUAUCAGUAUGUGGAAGAAGAAUCCGGUUCAUUCCUAAACACGGAAGGCUCGGGCCUAUUCCAGUUGCAAAGUUCCUGCAACCACAGCUGUGCACCCAACGCCGAAUCAACAUUCCCUUACGGCAACCAUAGGGUGCAGCUGAAGGCGUUGAAGCCUAUAAUGCCGGGCGAUGAGAUCUGUAUCAGUUAUCUCGAUGAAUGCACUCUGCAGAGGUCAAGGCAUUCGAGGCAGAAGGAACUAGCCCAAAAUUACCUCUUUGUAUGCUGGUGCGAGCGCUGCACGGCCGAGUCUUCCGAGCCCGACUGCACCAGCGAGGAGGACAUGAGUGACGAAGAUAUUGACGCGGACGACUGAUGUUCCAACCUGCUCGCUUUCUGCUUGCUCGGGUUAUGAUGCAAGCACUAUAGAAAGUGCCAGACUAUAUACAAAGAGUUUUUUUUUUCUAUUAUAAGUGCUCAUUUUUCAUAAGGGAUGAAGUUAUAGAUGGACAACUGAUGUUCCAACCUGCUCGCUUUCUGCCUGCUCGGGUUAUGAUGCUAGCACUAUGGAAAGUGCCAGACUAUGUGCGAAAAAAGUGUUGUGUAUAGUGUUUCUUCUUUUAAUUAUAAGU